CAGGAUCCAGAUGGCCGUGCCCAGCGGACGAACCUAACCACAAAAGUGCGAAAGCAAUAAAACAGCGACAGCAAACAUUUGUGUUUGACUACAUCUCAGGGGAUCCUCUGUUCUUAUCUUUCGCUGUCAUCGUUUAGUGUCAUUGUUUCAUUCAAAUCAUGUCAUGCGCUUAAUAUGACAACCUUUGGAAAUGUGUAGCCUUCUGUACUUAGCAUUGUUUUGCUCAGGCCGAAAUUAGUGACUGUCAAUGUUUUGAAAAUGAGUGGAGUAAGGUUAGAGGUUCAGUGGUCUCCAGUUCACCCAGAUAAGUUCAUAACUUGGGGGACUGACAUAAAUCUUUACGAGGUUAAACUGACUAAAGAUGCGCCAGCUUCAAGCAUCAAAAUCUCUGACACCACUUCAGCUCAUCUUUUAGCCUCAAACUCAAACCUCCCUUAUGUGAAGUGUGUGGACAUUUACCCACACAAUGAAAGCGAUGUUUUGCUUGCAAUUGGUCAAAUAAAUGGAAAAGUUGUUCUGAACACCUUUGGACAGACAGUUUUUGAUUGCCUGGGAUUAGCUGGGAAAGAGCUUGUGCCAAGACAUGCUCGUCAGUGCAACACUGUGGCAUGGAAUCCAACAGAUCCCAAUUUGAUAGCAGCAGGCCUUGAAAAGCACCGUACAGACCAUUCUGUUCUUCUGUGGAACUUACAACGCUGUCCUCUCUCCAAUGGUCAUUCGACUCACCAUCAUGCUUCAUCAUCUUCAUCAUCAUCUUCUAUGGAACCUUUGCGCCCUAGUGUGGAACUUGGUUUGUCAGAAACUGCUCACUCACUUGCCUGGCUUAGAGGUCAGCCUAAAUGUUUAAUGGUUGGGCUGAAUGGCAAACACUUGAAGUUGUUUGAUUUUAGAGACACAGGAAGGGCUGUAAGUUCUACUCCUACCAAGGCAGUGUACGGGUUAGCUGUAGAUCCACAGGCUGAUCACCGUCUUGCUUCUUUUGUUGACAAUCAAAUUUAUGUAUGGGACACAAGAAAUUUUGAAAAGCCAGUUUUAUUUUUAUCACAAAAUAAACCUGUCUCUAAGGUAUCAUGGUGCCCCACAAGGAACAAUCUAUUAGGGACACUUCAGCGUGACAGUACAUGCAUUGGAUUGUAUGACAUUCAACCAACAAUGGUAGGAAAUGAUGAAGUAGAGCCAUCUUUCUUGGAACGUGCUGUCCUACCGGGAGUGACGGGGGUAGCAGGAGGAGCACAAACUUCAACAUCUGGGGCCAUCACAUCAUUUUCUUGGCAUCCCUCUCACGAAAAUCGCCUUCUGAAUAUUAGUUUAUCAGGUAAUUUGACAGAUUAUACAGUUUUUGAAAGAAUCACUCUGAACUGGUCACCUAGUUCCCAUAUUGUUUGGACUCAUGGCUGGAGAACCUUGAAAACUGUUUGUGAUAAGGAUCCUAUAUACAGUGAUAUAGACAGUGAAGCUAUCCUAAUCAAGAAAAGAGCAUUGUCUGGCUAUGGUUUGAGGUCUAACUUAAGUGAAAAUGGAGAAUUAGCUGAAAGCAAAGAUUUGAAGCGCCUUUGGAGGUGGCUGUAUCUCAGUUCGAAUCUUUCUGAUGAAGGUCUGGUUCCCAGUAACAAUACCAGGCAUCCUGGUGUAAGAUCUGUCAUUAAAAGAUCUGAUGGAAAUCAAAUGUCUGGUACAGAAACUUCCACAAUGCAUGGUCCAUGGUCUGAUAUGAGUACUUGUCAGAUAGCUGCAAGAGUGUAUAGGAGUGAUGAGAGGGAACAGGCACUACAGCUUUGUGGGUGGCAUUUGGAUCGAGACGGUUUUUUGGAACAGCUAGAAUCUAGUGGCCAUUAUUCAAGAGCAGCUGCCAUAGCUGUGUUUAAUCUGAAAUUACGUCAAGCUGUAGAAAUUAUUAGAAGAGGUGCCAACAACCCUCACACGUCAUCUCCAGCUAAUCUUAAUAUUGUAGCUGUCGCAUUGUCUGGCUUUUCCGAUGACAAAACAAGCAUGUGGAGACAGCAGUGUAUUUCUGCAAAACAAUACUUGACAGAUCCUUAUCUUCGUGUCAUGUUUUCAUUCCUCACCUCUGAAAGUGAUACUUACGAGGAGGUUUUGGAAGAGAAAGAUGUAGCUGUAGAAGAUAGGGUUGCAUUUGCUUGUUGCUUUCUAUCAGACCUGAACUUGUCUGAAUACUUACGGAAUUUGACUGCCAAAUUGACAGAAGAAGGUGAUCUGGGUGGAAUCCUUCUAACAGGUGCCACAAUGGAAAGUAUUGCCUUACUCCAACAAUAUUUGGACAGAACAGGGGACAUUCAGAGCGUCAGUUUUAUUGCAGCUAGGGCCUUCCCUCCUUCUCUACUAAAAGAAGACAUUGUACAGGAAUGGAUUUCCAAUUAUCGUAAUUUGCUGGACAGCUGGAAACUGUGGACUCAACGGGCUCACUUUGAUAUAGCAUUAAGUGGCAGAAAUGAAUCAGAAAAGCCUCCACAGCAGGUAUUUGUUUCCUGCAACUUUUGUUCUAAAAGUGUUUCUGCCUUCAUGCAAGGUCGUGGGAGGGGACUCUUUGCCAGAGUGCCAAACAAGUCGAAGGUGUGUAAGAUAACCUCAUGUCCAAACUGCCGCAAACCACUUCCUCGCUGUUCCAUUUGCCUUUUGAAUAUGGGCUCAGCAUCAGGGGCUUACAGCGUGAAGGCAGGAAGUACUAUGAACCGAACUAUUGACCCCGGGUCCAAUUCAGAUAAAUUAGCAGAAUUUGCAAGUUGGUUCACCUGGUGUCAGUCUUGUCGUCAUGGAGGUCAUGCCUCUCAUAUAAUGCAUUGGUUCAGUGACCAUUUGGAGUGUCCGGUGACAGCAUGUAAUUGUCGGUGUAUGUCCCUUGACUUUGCAGCCAAAGUGAUAUCUGUACCUGCAUUGUAGGAUUAAAAAGUGAGCUUUCAUGCUAUUGUUUGUACGGUAGGCAGAAUUUAUUGUUGUUAUUUUUUUUAUAAUAUCAAACCAAUUGAGUGAAGGAAGUAAACUACUACUUGCUUAGUCUACAUA